AACGCUUGCGCAGUGAGGGGCUAGGGCUGUCGAGCUACAGUCGCUUCAGCUCCGCGCGAAUGUGUCAGUAACAACUAGGAACCCGACAGAGAACCGGCCCUACAAGACGCGGCAUCGAAACCAUUUCUCUGAUUACCGCUCUGGCGCGUGCUGGGGAAGUUGGGAGGAACGAAGAGUCCCGGAACUCUUAGUCUUCAGCCUGGUCCGUUUUUUUCUCGUCCCCGCUUCCUGUUAUUCUCUCACCGGAGCAACUGCUUGCGUCACCUCCUGAACUUACAGAGAUAGGACAGUAGGGACACGUCUCCCUUAGCGGGUGGUGCUCCUUUGCGCAUCUACUCGUUCCGCCUGGAGGCGGUGGGUGGGGGACUCUGCGCCUGCGCAGGGAGAGUCACGUGGUGGGGGCUUCGCUGGGCAGCUGCGCAAACUCAGACUCGGAGUGUUGGCGUGGCGGUGUAGGUGAUCGGCAGUGCGCAUGCGUGGGCACGGCACCGCUAGAAUGGUGGUGGGUUCGGGUCGCGGCGCGGGCGGUGCGGGCCGCGGGCAGGACGCCGGAGCGAUGCCAGCCUCCGUGGCGUCGGUGAUCUCACGCUUCCUGGAGGAGUACAUGAGCACCACGCCGCAACGCCUGAAGCUGCUGGACGCCUAUCUACUCUACAUCUUGCUGACUGGGGCGUUACAGUUCGGUUACUGCCUCCUCGUGGGGACCUUCCCCUUCAACUCCUUCCUUUCCGGCUUCAUCUCCUGUGUGGGAAGCUUCAUCCUGGCGGUUUGUUUGAGGAUACAGAUCAACCCACAGAACAAGGGAGAUUUCCAGGGCAUCUCUCCAGAACGAGCUUUUGCUGACUUUCUCUUUGCCAGCACCAUUCUGCACCUCGUUGUCAUGAACUUUGUUGGUUGAAAACUUUCCAUUCACUGAAACGAGUAGAAAUAAAGAACAAUGUCUUCACUUCAUGGUUUCCUCAGAUAGAAAGAACAUCAGCUUGAGGAUAAGCAGAUUUUCAUAAUUCAGACUUAAAACUUCCUGCAGACAUCAUUUUAUUUUGAAAUUUGAAGUGGGAAAUACAGGAAAGAUUCUCUGCCCAUCUUUCUUUCCUCCGAAGUACUUUGUAAUGAGCAUUUAACACCAUGACCUCUGUCAUUUCCUCACUGUAAUAACUUGUUUGCCUUCCAAAUAAAGUGCUUCUUGUUAAAUCCUC